AUGAACAUUGUUCCGAGAAGUUUGAAGGUAAUAACGACGUUUUCCCGAGCCAAUGUGGCGUCCAAGCUGAGACUAUUGUCAUCACCGACAGUUAACAACGGCUUGGCUAGCCGAUUUCAACCUUUGUCGGAUGGAUAUACAAACAUUGGCCUGGUAAACGGACCUAAUUGCGGCGCUUGCACUUUUCGUCGAUAUUAUUCGGAUGUAUCGCCUAAACAUGCCGCCAGUGGCGCUAAGACGGAGAAGGAGGACCGAUUAAAGGAAAAAACCACCGCCGACGAUGAUGAUGACAAUAAUUUUGGUAAGGGCAAUCGUACCUUGCCACGGCUAAUGAAUUUUCCCGAAAUCAUGUGGCCAUCAUUGCUGAAUUCCAUUAAAAAUUGGGUGAUGGUACAUUUUAUUAUACGGCCGUAUAUGGAUCGGGAAUUUAAUAUACGAGAUUUUGCCUAUGGGGCAAAGAAGGCAAUGCAGGUUAUCUCAUCAAAAUUAAUGAACGGUGAUUUUGCCCACCUUGGUAAUUUGGUAUCCGAAGAGGCGCUCAACGAACUAAAACCCGUCAUACAGAAACUCUCCGUAUCACAGCGUCGCCAAUUGGAAGUCAAAGAGAGCGAUAUCUACCUCACAUUUCCCUAUCAAAUCGGCAUUAUGUUCGAUGAGGAAAAUAAAGAUGUACAAAAACGUUGGGUGGAAAUUACCAUGGUAUUCCAUGUGUUACGCGGUUUAAAGGAGAUGCGUGAAUCUGGAGAAGAAAUUCCAUGGAAUAUGGGCACAAUGCCAGAAUAUCAAGACAAGGUGUUCGUGUGCAACUAUCGUUUCAUUAAGGAAUAUACCAAGGGACAUGAAUCCGAUUGGACGGUGAAUGUGGUUAAUCAUUUUAAACCAAUCGAUUUGGUCAAUGAGCUGAAGCGGCACUGA